AUAGCAAGAUGUGUUAUAUAUAUAGUUGUGUUAAGGAUUCUAAUAGCAUUUACGUUUUCCCCAAUUUAAAAUAUGCUUGUAAUUGAUCUUAAAUGCUAUUAAUUUUGUAAGAUGUGUAUGGCUUGUGGCUGCUCAUGUUAUAUGUUGAUUAGUACUGCUGAUGCCAUUAUUUUUUUUCAAUGCAAGUAAAUGUUUAGUGCAUUAUGUGAAACUGGGAGUUGAUGUACAAUGUUUAUUGAUGACUGGUCUCUUACAUACUUUAACUACAGAACCUCAUGGGAUAAGGGAUGUAAUGGACUUUGAGCAUCAAAUCCACUACCUGGAAACUGAGGCUUAUUGUUCUGUUUUGAAGGCUUUCAUUGCUCAAUCUGAUCUUCUUACUUGGGGCAAAGAGGAGCUUAUGACUGAGCUGCGAAAGGAACUAAAUGUUACUGAUAUUGAACAUGGAGAAAUCCUAACGAAAAUCAAUUCCGAUGAGCUAAUUAAGCAGAUAAGGGAGCAGAGGAAAUUGUCAUCUCAUGCUAAGGAUUAUAUUAAAGCUAGUGCUCCUCGUUGUGCUUCUGCUUCAAUGGGAAAUGCAGUGAUGAAACUGAAAAAUCCACCCUCUGCUGCGAUUUAUACUCAGAAGAUGUCCCGCGGCCAAACAUGCCUUGUUUCUAUUCCUACUCCUUCUUCAACGCUUCCAAAAUUUAAUGAUGAUCCAUUGACUGCGGAACUUGUCCAUGGAAAAGUUCAACAAUCUAUGGAAAUGUUCAAUUAUAAUGUUCAGUUACCACCUGUUGGUGGAGGGAGAGUGCUGAAAGGAAAGCAUCUAUUGCAGAAGGAUCUUCACAGAUCUCACUCUACCAAGUUAAAGAAAAGAUCCGAUUUAAUUCAGCUUCGUCCAACAGAUAAGGUUAUCCAUGAUGUUGAGAAGAUGCUUUUCAGUAAAGAGAAACCUGACCCAGUUGAUAUUGAGAUAGCAAGAAGGACUCUUAGGGAGCAAGAAAUUGAUAUAACCGAAGCACUUGAUAAAGUGACUGAUGUGUUAGAGAAGAGGGGUGAUGCACCUAAUAAAAUGCAACAUUAUGAAGUCUCCACAGAAUACUCAUGGAGGACAAGAACUGAUGACAAAUGCUAAUUUCUGCACUCUAAUUGCUUAUGGUAGGUUGAAUGAGCUUGGGGAAUCCUUCUGAUAUGUGCAGUUAGGGUGAUGAUUUCAUGGCUUAGAUAUGUAACUUUUUACACUGAUUAUAGAGGCUGUUUUUUGCUGGAUUGGUUCACUGAAUAGUUUACUAGUUCAGUAACUGAUGUGAAAGUGAACACUUUGACGUGACUUCUUCCAAUAGGCCUCGAAUUAUACUAUUUCAAACACCUUAUUUAAGUA